CGUCAUUCUUUUGGUGUACUCUGACCAUGCUGUAUCUUACACAGCUUACAGGCUUGAUCCUUAUCACACUCAGUAAUGGCGGUUGUCCCCUUGAAAUACGGCCUGGUAAAUUAGUGGUGGAGUUUGGUGCUUCAGUCUCAGCUAACUGUUCCACAAACACCACACACCAUGGCAUGGGCUGGGAGGCAUCACAGGGAGCAGUGGACCUGCAAGAAAAUGUCCAGUCCGUCAUUUGGCGGGUAGACCAUCUCACACACUGGGACAUACAACCAAUCUGCUUCAUCAUAAAAGCAUGGGAGCAGCGUUUAAUGGCGCUUCCAGUUACUGUUUACAAGCGUCCAGACCAGGUAUCUAUCAGCACCGUGGAUCACACAGAGCCGAUGAUUGAAGGCAGACAAUACAAGCUCCUAUGUGAUGUUCAAAAUGUCGCUCCUGUUCAUCUUCUCACUGUAAACUGGUACAAAGGACACCAUUUUGUGAAAAGAGAAAGCGUUUCUGGUGAAAACAAAUUUCCUGUUAAUGUAAAUGUGACACUUCAGAUCUCACUAAGCAAAGAUGAUGAUGGAGUUCAGUACAGAUGUGAGGCAGGACUGAACCUGGGACCAGAAGGACCGCAACGUCCUCCUAUAGUGACAUCAGAUCCUCUAAACAUCACAGUACACUAUGAUCCAGAAAUUGAGGCCGGCAAGGCCACAGAAGUUGUGAUGGAAGGUGAAGCCGUGUCUCUAAUCUGCACUGCUGGGGGAAAUCCAGAACCUGAAGUGACAUGGAGCUUUCAUAGUCAAACUAAGGCCACUGGAAGGCGGAAAACCACAUUCACAAUUUGGAACACCACACUUGCUGAUGAUGGUGUAUAUACAUGCACUGCUACCAAUGAGCUCGGGAGUGACACAAGGACAGUCUCAGUGCAGGUACAAGGUAAUCAGCUUCAAGCAAUGUUCUGUGUUAAGGCAUAGCUUAACAAAUUUCUUAACAACGGUAUGCAUUUUGUAAGUAUAUCAAUUAAAAAGAAUCAUUCUAGAAAAAAGUAAUGCAAAGGUGUCAGUCAGACUUUAGGAAACAUUCAAAGAAAGUUUAUUAAAACCGAUUAUAAACUGAUAAGCCAUAACAUUACGACCAUUAACAUUUAAGCCACCUAGGUUUGAGUUCCAUUUGUGCGGCCGGGCAGCUCUACCUCGAUGGGACCUCUGGGGUUGUGCUGUGGUGAUCAGCACCAGGAUUUGGCAGAGAAACAAAACCUUUGUUGAUUUAAACAUAAGCUUCAAAUUAUUGCCCUACUGGAAGGCCUAUUGAUCAGAAACCUUCAAUUUACACAGUUCACUUGGUCACAUUUGCCCCACAAGAUGACUUCAACUUAAUUUCCUGCAGCAACAAAACUCUCAAAAACAACACUGACUUAUAUUUAUGCUUGCCAAUGGGAAUAAUCUUUUCUUCAAAGGCAUAUAUGCGGACCCGCUGGUAUGUUGAUCUUUCCAUAAAGCUCUCCCAGUCUCUCAGAACAAGAGCUGCAGUGUCAAGAGUGGAGUGCAGCGAGGUGUUUGGGCAUGAAGUCAUCGCAUGUUUAUUGCAUUAAACCUGUUAUCAGGUCAUUCUUCAGGUCAGGUUUACAAUUUAUUCAAGUUGUUCUCAGAUGUCCUGUUUAAAUGUUUGGUGGGGGAGAAUAAUUUAGAGUUCACCACUGAAUCAGAAUGAUGAAAAUGACAUGGAGAACAUCCAUAUAAUCCAGAUAAUAGUCACGGGUAAAGGGCCUCUGUGUGAUUUUAGUGUUGGAUCACCAUCUGAGCUUCAUACUCAGAGACUGCUUUUGUUUUAUUUGCUUUGUUUUUGCUGUAAUUUUCUUUUUUGCAUACACACUAGACUUAAAUCAAUAAACGCAAGGGAAAAAUAUUUAAGAUAGUGCUUAGGCAAUGGCAAAGUUGAUUAAAUAAAUAUUUUUAAAAAUCAGUAUGACAUCACUGUAUUAAAUAAAUUCUGUCACAAAUUUGGAUACACCCUCAACAAAUCAUGAAUCUCAUCCAUACUGUCUUUUUCGUGUGUAAUUCUUAUAAACAAUUUUAUUUUUAAGGCACUUGCUGUAUGUUUAAAUAUAUAUUUAGAUUAAGGUUAUCUCUUUUUCAUUUAAAAGUAAUAUAUCAUCAUGCUGUAAUACCACAUUACUUGUGGAAAAAAUGACCUGGACAUAUAUAUCAUAAUAAAUUUGUUAAUACUGAGUCAUCUACAAACCAUCUAAUGACAAUGUUUUGUAUAAACACAUGAAAUUGAAAUGUAUUUUGUAAUGAGAUAGGUUGUA